UGCCCCUGCUCCAUCACUAAACAAUUAUCCACCCAAAUAUACCUUUGAGAUCUCCACAACCGCCAGCAGGACUGCAUUUAAUGGGCAUAGAGCAAAGUGGGAACUAUCCGUUCAUCAAAAACAAUCCGCAGCACGGGGGAUAUCACUACGAUAAUAGUAAACCAGAGAGAUUUGCACACUUCAAGGAUGCUGUGCUCGACGUGGGAAAGAACCAAUUCGUACGACCAGAGGGUAUUCUCCAAUAUCCCUCCGAUCAGUACAUACAUAACUUAAAGGCAUCGUCCCAUCGGUUUAAUGGAAAUGCCAAUGUGUUACAAAAGAGUCCCAACCCAUUAUACACCCCGUUCCAGCAGCAUGAGAUUCCUGUACAGUCCACCCAAUACUUGCACUAUCCGAAACCUUACGUUCAGCCUGAAAGCUACGGUCCAGUGCAAUCGAAGCAAGCUGUCAUGAAAAAAGCUCAAUUUCCGCAGGAACAUAGUACCUACUCGGUGCACGAAGAGUUUGAAAAUAUUCCUAAGCAAGCCAUUCUUCAGCACCAGGGGAAUUUCCGCCAGCCAGUUGCACCAAAAAUAGAUUCUAAAGAGGCUCAGGAUUACCUACACUUCAUGGGCACCAAUGAGUACUUUUUACCCAAACGAGAUCCUGACUAUAAAAAAUUGGACGCUGAGCACGAUGGUAUCCCCAUCCCCCAACUGCAGCAGCAGCAGCAACACCAGCAGCAACACCAGCAGCAACAGCAGCAGCAACAGCAGCAGCAACAGCAGCAGCAACAGCAGCAGCAACAGCAGCAGCAACAGCAGCAGCAGCAGCAACAAAAACAGCAGCAGCAUUAUCCCAUAAACGGGGGCACCCAACAUCAUGCCACAGACAAUAGUCUGUCGUCCAGCUAUAACGAACCCAUCCAAGUAGCUGAUUUGUUUUAUAAUCAAGAUCCCGCACCACCAAAUGUGGCUGUUGUUCGCGGCAGCUAUCAAGCCGGCCAGGAUGUAUUUGUGGUAAAGUCUGAUGGAAAUAAGGCUGUGAAGCAUGUGGUUCUAUCUCCAAUGGCAGUCCAAACUACGACACAAGCACCACCAUCAACGACAAGAAAACAAAAUCUCCAAAAGAGUCACAAAGGUUUUACACAAGAGCCGCUGCGGUUUGAAUUUACUGAACAAGAUGCUAUUAGAGGACAUAUAAGCUACACCCAAUCUCCGCAAGGGAACAAAUACACCUAUGAGACAAUCUACUCAACACCUCACCAAACAAAUCUGGUUCAAGCGCCCGCUCCCAUCGGCGAGAUUGCCAAGCCAAUCAAUGAAUAUAGUGACGACAUAGAAGACAGCGCCGACACGGAAAAUUCGAAACAGCAACAGAGCGAAAAUUCACAAAUACAAGCUGCAGGUGCUGCGAACUCUCAGGAUGAUACAAAGGCUACCGAAAGCUACUGUGAAAAUAUAUGCGCAAAUGUUUAUGAUGAAAAUGACGAGAUAGUUUGUGGAUCCGACGGAUACAUGUAUACAGGAGAAACUCAAUUAGAGUGUUAUUCGUCUUGCCUUAAUAUAAGUAUAACUAUCAAAAGUAAAGGAUCUUGCACAUAAGCCCUUAGUGCGUUUCACUUAAUGAUACUUAGAAUAGCGUACAUGUAACCAAUUUGUUAGUUCUAAUAAUUUAUUUAUAUUAUUUAUUUUUAGUUUAAUUGUAAUUAUAAUCACAGCCUCAGCUAUUUACACUAGCAAUAUUGAUCAAAUUUAAGGUUUUUAAAAAGGUAGAUAUAUUGAUACUGAUGUUAUUGAAGAAAUCUGACUCUUGCUUGAAUAAUUUAAUACAAUAAUAAUGAUGAAGCUCUCAAUCUAUACAUAAAUCAUUUAUGCUUAUAUAUAAAGACCUUUUAUCCUAAAAUUAUAUCCCUACGUUUGCUGUCUGUGGAAUAUGAGAAAAUA